AUGCCCUCGUAUAACAUGACCGUCGAUACACUCCCUUUGGAAACACUUGGCGACAUUUUUCACGAGUGUGUGCGCGAUUCUCAUCGCGAGUGGCAAUCCGUUACUGUACCGAUCAAAAUUUCGAGCGUCUGUCGGCGAUGGCGCAAUGUAUCUCUGUCGCUAGGAGUUCUCUGGACCUACCUAGACUGCUAUCUUCCAGUUUGGGGUCGUGAUAAUUGGAUUGAAAUCUUCAGUACAUGGCUUCACAGAUCAAACAGGGCGCCACUGAAUUACUCGGUCACAUGCGACUUCAAGUACCAUCAUUCCGAGAGUUUCAUAGGCGAGCGCAUCGUCUUAAUGUUGAUCGAUCAUCAAUGGCAUUGGGGGGAUGUCUAUUUUUAUUGGCGGUUCUAUAUGUCUCCCAGCUUUCCGGGGAUAAGACUAACAAAUAUGCCAAUGUUAACUUCACUCCGCUUGUACGUCCAACUCUGGAAGGGAUGUGUUGGAAAUGGAGAUGGAAAUAUCAAUCUGGAGCAGUCUUCUAAGCUCGAGUAUCUUCACCUCGAUGGCCAGUUUCAUCUCGGAAUUGGAGAUAGGUCAAUGUAUUUAUCAGCACGCUCAGUUGAUCUCGAUUCGGGUGCCGCAUCACCUUCGAAUGUCGCACCUUCAAUGUGUCUAAAAUUUCUCGAGGUGGCUCCGAAUUUGAAUCAACUUCGAAUUAAUAUCCAUGGAACUCAUAAACAGACAAACGACGAGGAUCACGCUCUCAUCUCGCAUAACCUCAAACGCUUUGCAUUGUCGGGUACCAGGUCACACCUAGUGAUCGAUAAACUGGUUCUCCCUGCUUUGACAGGGCUUCUUUAUCGAGAUUUCGCUUCCCGAAAUGGAGGCGAAAUUCUCUCGGCUUUUAUCCAGCGUUCCCUCCCGCCAUUAACGUAUCUGGAACUAGAUGGAAAUUGUGCGGACGAAGCUACGAUUACGUUCAUCCUUCCUCUCCUUCCUCUGCUUCAGGCGAUCUUCUUGAAACAUUGCACUGUAUCAGCACGGCUCUUUCAACUUCUUUCCGUACCAAGUGGCACGGAUAAAGGUCAUCGUGCUUUAGCUACAAGCAACCGGAUUAUGUGUCCCAAUCUGAGUUACUUUAGCUUCGACGACUAUUACAUUGUUGGGGAAGAACGUGAAUGUGUUAGUGUAUUAUGCACUAUGCUGAAAUCACGUUGGAAUGCUCUGAAGAUGUGGAAUUAUCUGAUAGAUGAGUCUUGGCCUCAAUACUUUUCUACAGCUGAUUGUAAAAGAAUGUGGAGCCACAUCAGUGACAGGAAGAAAUUUUACGUUGCAGGCCCGACAACUCAAACAGGCAAUAUUCAAUUCAUGUAUGAGGACUGGUAG